GGAAGGGGGGUGGGUUGGCUGCUGCCGUCACUUGAGGCGCUGUGAUAAAAAAUUCCUCUCCAAUAUUCAUCGCGUUUCAUUGAUCUCGCGCGUUGCUCUACGCCUCAUCGAACCCCCUGCCGGCUUCCACGCAGUCGCCUCGCGCCAGCGGAGAAGCAGCCCCGUGCCUCCACUCCCACUGUCGGCGGAACGCAGCGAGAGGUGAAAGUGGUGCAGCUAUGGUGCUGGUAGAGGGCAUCGCGGACGAGGUGCUGGUGGUAUGCACCGCGGCGCUCGGCUUCGCCACGCUCGCCGUCGUCUGGUUCUCCACGAGCAUGGCCGACAGCUGGGGCCGCACGGGGCCUGCAGACGCUCGGGGACGGCCCCCGCAGGCCGCACCGCACACCGCCCCGCACACCGCACCGCAGCCAGCCAACCGCAGCAGCGGCGACGGUGGUGGUGGUGCGAGCCCCGAACCAAGCCCCGAACCAAGCCACGAUGCUUCGGCCACCGGUGGCAGCGGUAACACGGGGGAAGCGGCCGGUGAUGCUAACAGCCAGUCGGACACGCAUGGCAGCGGCUCGGUUGAAGGCGGUUCAUCACCCUCGGACGUAGGAGACCAUGGUUUGCCAUCGCAAGCGCGAAGCAGCAGUAGUCCCAGCCACUCCCCGGUGUUGCGCAGGAGAGCCGAGGACCAGCGGAGCGGCGGUAGCAGCGGCAGUGCGGAAUCGCUGGAAGAGGCUGUGAACAGCAGUAGUGCAGCUCCCGAAGGUGACAGACUCAUCCAGAUCCGGCUCAAGUUUUUGAAUGAAACCGAGAGAAUCGUCAGAGUCCGGCCGAGUGACACCAUUGGACAUUUUAAAAGCGUGGAGUUCCCCGGACAGGAGGAGCAGGUGCGGCUGAUUUACCAGGGGCGCCUGCUGCAUGACGACAGCCGGCCCCUCUCCUCGUACGGCCUGCACCACGGCUGCGUGCUGCACUGCCACAUAUCGCAGCGGCCGACGGCGCCUCCCUCCGCGGGCUGGAACGCCCGCAUCAACGCCGCGCUCGCCGACCCUAACGCGGACGGCCUGAACUUGGGGGGGCUCAUGCUGCCCCUGUUCCUGCUGAUGCUCGUCGUGGUGUGGUACACGCGAAUCGCCUACAAGCAGCUCUUCACCGCGCCCGCCACUGUCUCGCUGGUCGGGGUCACCGUCAUCUUCAGCGUCAUCGCCUUCAACACUUACAGACGAUAGAGCCCUGGGCCUCGCAACGCUCGUGACAACGUCUUAAAUGCUACACAUUCGUUUUCUGUAGUGCCUGCCAGUGUUGAGACGCACGCGUACUGUGGGCUUGCGCAGCGGUGCUUAAAUUAUCCGAAAAGACCCGACGCGGCCUGGCGUUGCGAGUCUUUGCCGUCGCUUGCGCAGCGUCUUCUUGUGAGUGCGCAUUGUCGAUGCCCCGCUGUGCCGGGUUACAUCGUAACCUUGGAAGCUGCGCCAUGUACCUUUUGCGCAUCAGAAUUUAAGCACUGCUGAUAACGGUACUUGUAACAAAGCAUGCACUUUUCACAGCGCCCAUUAAUUAUAUUAUCAAACAUGUCAAAAGGCCAUUUUUAUAUGAAUAUAAAGGGGGCGAAUGCUUGAAUAAUGCUCAGCGGGAUGCAAUGAGGCGGAGCUUCUGUUUGAAUAACUUUAAACAGUACAUGCACACGUUUUCACCUAAUUAUACUAUAUUUACUGCUUCAAAAUAAUUUUAAAUAGCGCUUAUUAAGUUCAUAUUUUUAUUAUUAGUGUACUAUAACAAUGUGUAUCCAUGUUCAAUGUGCACCCUAAGUCAUUGGGGUGAUGUCAUCACGCGUAAUCACUGGCGAUUCCCAUGGGCAGAGAUAGGCUUCUCUUUGUAGGAGCGAGAAAGUGAACUCGAGAAAUUUAGCAAAUUUCCAUGCUUGCGAGUCGGCACCUGUGACUACUAUGUAUGACUCCUACUCGGAAAGCCAGCCAGCCGAUGCAGAAACCAAUGCAAGCAGGCACAAGGCCAGCAAUUUAUGAUGGCUUGCCUAUUCGGGGGGGGCGGGGGGCCGUUUGCAUUUAUAAGUGCCCUUUUUUGUGUUUCUGCACGCAAUGUGUGUUCAUGACCACCUUGAGCAGGCUGUAGCCAGUCACUCUUGACAGCCUGCAGUCCAUUAUGUAAACAGUUGUGUGCAGGGAUAAAGCCCCCCCCACCACCCCCCCCGGCUUUAUCUCUGUUCAUCCCCUUUCCAAUCCCCAUCCACUCUCCUCCCUCGCCCAUUCCCCCGUGAGGCCGAGUGACUGGGCCAAGCAAGGAUGCGCCUUCGUUAUGCAGUGGUCUGGGUGAGGUCAAAGGUUAUCGGGAUGGUGUUCAAAGCAGUGUUUUAAAACUUCGUCUUCAACAAUAAAUAAUGUAAUUGGAGUUGAGUUAUGUUUGAAUAAAAUAUUUCUGUAAUGAA